GGAGGAGGCUCCUCGCGAUCCCACCACCGCUCCUCUCGAUCUCUCUCCUCGACCUCUUGCUCUCUCUCUCUCUCUCCACCUCUCUCAUACCUCCUAUUCUCCUACUCCAAAGCCUCCCCCCCAUCCUGUCCCGACUCGCUCUAUUCCGCCUCGCACGGCUGACAUCUCUGGCUGCCUCUCGCCACCCAUUUGCUGCUCCCAGACUCUCAACCUCGUCCUCGUUAUCCACCAUGGCAUCCUCCGCCUCCGCGUCUCCUCCUGGCCCUCCUCACGACUACGCCAAGCUGGCACCCGCCUCCACCGAUUCCAGGGACCAGACACUCGUCAUCCGCGAGCUCAUCCCUGGCAUGCUCACCUUCAGUGUCCCCUUUGCCCGCUUCAACACCGUCCCCAUCGGCGGCCGCAGCACCGCCAUCAGCCUCGGCGACAAAGGCAUCUUCGUCUACGUCUCACACCCGCUCACCGCCGCGACCAAGGAGGCUCUCUCUCUCCUCGGCGGCGACGUAAAAUGGCUCGUCACGCCUGACGGCGAGCACGGCAUAAACAUCAAGUCAUGGGCCGAAGCCUUCCCCUCUGCGCAACCCAUCGGCGUGUCGCGCUUCAAAGACGAAAAGCCCGACGUGAACUGGGCUGGCCUCUUUGGCGCCGGCGGCCAAGACAAGAAAUACGGCUUCGAGCCUGAAAUCACGCUGCACCAAGUCGCGGCACACCGCAACGACGAGCUCAUGGCACUGCACCAUCCGAGCGGCACGCUGCUGCAAGCCGACAUGCUCUUCAACAUGCCCCCGAACGAGCAGUACAGCCGCGCCGGGCUGCCCCUCUGGUUCCGCCUGCUCGGCAGCGGCAGCUGGAUGGCGCCCGGCAGCAUGGUGCACGAGCGCCUGAUCAACGGCGUCGUAGCGGACAACGACCUCAUGAAGAAGGAGCUCGUGCCCAUCUUCGCGGCAAAGUUUGACCGUAUCGUGCCGUGCCACGGCGACGUGAUUGAUGCCGGCGGACGCGCGGCCUGGGACAAGGUUUGGGGCAAGUACAAGACGGACGUUGUUGCGCCGUGAGCGCGAGAGCGCGAGAGCACGGAUCGCGAGCGCUCGCCGAUGUGUAGUAUAGAGUCGUCCAGUCCAGUUUCGUUUAGUGUCAUUUCCGUCCCAGUUCCGCCCUCUUCCGUCGAUGUAUCAUGCUGUCUGACC